AUGGGCUGGCAGCAAGGCUUCGACCUUUUGAAAAUGGUAUACCAGCUUCGCCAGCUUCCCGGCGGAGCCCUUGGGUACAGUGCGAUGGUGAUCUUGUUCGCACUGUCCAAGAUCACUGACUUGCUGACCGCAAACCUCGUCACCCAAGUUCCAAUCAAGUCUCGGUGUCCGUUCGGGGAAGGGUUGGUUCUUAACACCACCGGACCUUAUCUGUUAACUGCGCCUCCGUCGAACGGGAUGCCGUACAUCGUUGCUCAUAAUUCACAAUACUUCAGCCUCAACAACACCUGUGCCGUUGGUAUAUACGCCAAGGUCAAUCAGGAUGUCACUUUCUGUCCCGACACACAGGAUAUUAUGGGCACUUGGGUCUGCUCGACAGACGCGACUCGCACAUAUAGCGCCGCCUAUAACAUGGCAGAAUUAUCCGCAGACCUGAUUGAGCAGGAUUUACUCUAUCCUGACCCAACCGGCGAGUACUCUGCCUUUGGCGAAUAUUACAAUCACUUCGUUACGUGGAGCAGCUCCGCAAGUCUCGACACAGAAAGCUCUUCUACGGGUACUUGGGACGUGCGCGCGGCAAUCCAGACCAACGCCUCACCUUACGAUGAUAACGUCACCAUGCUCCCACUGUCCUGCAGCAUGAAUGCCGUUCGCGCGGAGACAAUUACCGGAGCGAUGAACACUACAAUUGCACUUGAGAACUGGAAGACCCUCUUCCAGGGCCUGAUGUACUACGGUACCGGCACGCCGUCCGUUUCUGACCCAGCGCUUGAGCUGGCCAUUCUCCUUAACACAAUGACAAUGGUAUAUGGGGGAAAUAAUAUGCUUCUGUCCCUUCCAGCGCAGGAUGGGGACCAGACACAGGGGUGUAUUGUCUUUGCGACUAAUGUGCCCACGGUCAUUGAGGCGCUAGUAUUAAUCGUGGCGGGAUUGUUUAUCGGGCUAGUGGUGCUGUCAAUUGUGUAUGCUUGCAAAUUAGGAUUCACGCGUCGUGGAGGGCGGGAGGCGCUUAAAACACUACCUGAUGGGGUUAUUGGGUGGGCUGUAAAAGCAGCGCAGGAGCAUCGUGACAAUGGUGAUCCGGAUCCAGGACAGCAUGCCAGAGUUCGACGACGAGAGGUUAAGAACUGGCUUAUUGGUUAUGAGGGUGGGGAAUCAAGACUCCGGUUGUUUCAGCCUUGUUGA